AUGGAGGAUUUUAUUGCAAUGACUAAAAAAAAGAAAGUAACAAAAGCACCUAUAGCUCUAAUAAACCAAAAUGUUACAGGAACACUAGAUAAAGAAAAUCAUAUAAAAAAGGGGGGGGUUAAAAACAUGUGGAAAGGUUUUAUCAAAGGUUCAAAACAUACGAAUAAAGUAACUAAAGAACCCAUGACUCUGACAAAUCAAAAUAUUAUAGGAGUAACAGGUACGAGGAAUAAUGGGGCAGCACAAACAAAUCAAGCAACGGAAACAUCUGCAACUCCUAUAGAAAUGGAUACGGAGAAUGAUGAUACAGUAGAAAAAAAAGUGGGAAUUAUGAAAAAACUUAAAGUUCUAAUUUUUGAUAAAAAAUAUAUUUCUAAUUUGACAGGAGAAUUAAAAGAAAUAAAUGGUAAACUAUUAAAGAAUAACUGCGGUAAGAUAGACGAAGCAAGAAGAGAAAAGUUAGUAGAAUAUAAUAUUAGACUUGAAAACAAUACUUUAUUGGAAGUUAUACAUAAGAACAAGAAGUAUAACUAUAACACUACACCCUUGCUUUUAGCUGUAAAAUCAAACCUUAAUGAAGUAGCAAAAGCAAUCUUAAGAAUAACAAGUAAAAACCUCGAUAUACAAGAUAAUGAGGGUAUGAAUGUUCUCCACUAUGCUGUUAAAAACAAUGAUAAAUUCAUAGUAGAUACACUUUUACAAAAAAAACUACAGGUUGAUGUGGGGGAUAAAAAAGGAAAAACUGCUUUGCAUCACGCCGCUGAGAAUAAUUGUGAUUCAAUAGUAGAGACACUUCUGCAGCAUGGAGCAAAUAUUAAUGCACUAGAUAAAAAUAGAAAAACUCCUUUAUUUUAUGCUUUAACAAAAAAUCAUUCUACGCUAGCAAGUUUUAUGAUAAUAAAAGAAGCACUACUUGAGAUUGAAGAUAAAGAUAAUGAAGAAAUUAUUACGUAUAAAGAGAAAAAAGCAGAAAUUAAUCAGGAUUAUGAUGGUGAGUAUGAAAUGCUCGUAGAUACCUCUCUAGAUACUAGAGAUGUUAUUAAUACGAGUGAAGAUGAAGACCCUUUUGAUGAGCAAUCUACAACUAGUUGUGAUAGAAAUUUUGAUGAUUCACGCAAAUCAUUUAUAGAUAUCCCGCUACCAAAAAGUACCUCAGAGGAAAAUCCCCCUGAUGAGCAAUCUACAACUUCAAAUAUUACCCAUAAUCAAACGAGAAAGCAUUCUUGGACGCCUUUGAGAAAAAUGCCAUCACAGCCUAACGAAAUCAAUGAAGCUAAGGGAGCAUACAAAAUAGUAAUACUUGUAGCUUCUGCUGCUGCCAUUAUUACCGCAUCAAUGCUUGCAUAUUUUACCACAUUACCUGCACUAGCAAUAAUAGGAAUAUCUUAUGUAUCUGCGAUGGUAUUUGGUAGUAUUGCUACACUCAAACCUAUGAGUAAAGUGGACGACACUGACUGCAGUAAAGUGUGUGAUGAAAGUAAAAAUUUAUUUGUUUAG